AUUGCAUCAUAAUAGCUGUCUAGACUUGCAUUGAGAAUUUAUACCAUACAGAAUAUAUCCAGCAAGAUGGAGAUAGAAAUGGAGCUCCUAGAGUCAAAGCCACCACCACCACUGCUACCUAACUUGCUGAUCCUUACUAAAGAAGAAAGGGCUACUCUGUACAGUGUAGUUGAAGCAGAUUUGAUGCUAGAAAUACAAGUUUUGAGAAAUGUUGGUCAGUCUCAAGUUCUUUCGAGUAACCCCUACUUCUUUAUGGGAUCACAUAUUGUGAAGGCUUGGCUGGAUGCUACAACUUCAGCGAUUAAUCACAAUGCAGAACUUGAGAAGAAGGCAUUUGUUGCUAAGAAAGAUAAUUCCAGCAGUGCUAAGAAUGAUGCUAAGCCGAGUCCACUUGUUGAACCCCCUAAAACCAAUCGAACUACUUCUAUACCUCAUAAGGCUGAAGAGAAAAGUUUGCUCAUCUUUCACCCAGCUGAAAAGGACAAUCCCACUAUCAUUGAAACAGCUGAGUAUUGCCCGACUAGUAUAGCCAUUGAUCAGCCAAUGGAAGACGAUAGUCUAAUCGUUGUACGCCCAGCUGAAGAAAACAAUCCAACAAUCAUCAACACAGCUGAAGAGAAUAGCCCAAUUAUCCUUCACCCAGCUGAAGAGAACAGUCCAACUAGUGAUAACCGGGCUGAAGAGAACAGUCCAACUAGCGAUCGCCCAGCUGAAGAAAACAAUCCAACAAUCAUCAACACAGCUGAAGAGAAUAGCCCAAUUAUCCUUCAACCAGCUAAAGAAAACAGUCCAACUAGUGAUAACCGGGCUAAAGAGAACAGUCCAACUAGCGAUCGCCCAGCCGAAGAGAACAAUCAAACCAAUAAUUAUUGCCCAGCUGAAAAAGAUAGUCUUGUCAUUGAUCACUCAGUAGAAGACAGUAAUCCAACUAUUGUACGCCCAGCUGAAGAGAAAAAUUCAACUAGUGAUCACCUAGCUGAGGAGAAUAGUCCAAUCAUGUAUCAGGGCAGUACAACAAGUGAUAAUCGGGCGGAAGAGAGCAAUCCAACCAAUAUCGACACAGCUGAAAAGAACUUCCCAGGUGAAGAAGAUAGUCUCAUCAUUGAUCACUGUAGUCCAAUCAUUGUACGCCCAACUGAAGGAAACAAUCCAACUAGUGAUUGCUCAGCUGAAGGUCGCCCAACUGGAGAAAAUUGUCUUACCAUUGAUAACUCGGCUGAAGACAAUUGCCCGACAAUCAUCAUUCACCCAGCUGAUGAGAAUAUCAUCCACGACCCAGCUGAAGAGAACAUUCCACCCACCAGUGAUGGUACAGCUGAAAGUAACAACAGUUCUAUCAUAGAUAACUCAGCUGAAAAUAACAAUUUUCACCAAUAUGAAGAAACCGUUAUUCACACAGCUGAUUAUGAGGCAACAAUCAUACAUGUUCAAGAAGGUGUAUGUGAAAGCAAAGGAGAAAAUCAGCAAUGUGCCGAAAAAAGAGAGGAUAUUUUUAGUUCAGAAGAACAGAACUUACCAGAUAUUGAAGUCUUGAGUGAUGGGAAUCACAGUAAGGAUGUGCCAGCAAUUAUAAAUGAGCGCCGCUCCCAUACAUACCUUGACCUAAGUGACACACCUCAGCACAAAAAGGAAUCUAUCGAAGAAAGCCAUCCUCUGAGUGACCCGGAAUCAGCUCAUUACACAUCUGUUAUAGAAAGCCCUGAAGCUAAAGGGAGCACUCAAAGCCUUCCCCCUACAAUGUCAGAGGACCUGAUACUGCCACAAUCUUUAACAAGAAGAGUUUCUUCUCAGAGUGUCAAUUGGUCAUCAUAUCUUACAAGAAAAUAUUUUAGGGGUGAUUACACAAUCAGCGGUGACAUGUACAUACGAAUAAAGCAUGUUAAGGAAACACUGUAUGUUACAAUAGUUGAGGCAAGAAAUCUGGCUGCGACUGACAAGAAAGGACACUGCAACCCUUACGUCAAACUAUACCUCCUCCCUGAUCUGAAGACAUCAAAAAGAAAGACUAGAAUCGAGAAAAGAAGCCUGAACCCAUUUUUCAACCAAACAUUUGAGUAUCCAUUACCCAAGGAGUUGCUCGGCACCAGGGCUGUCUGGCUGUCUGUGUGGAACAAGACCAAACUGAGUCAACUAUUUCUAGGAGAAAUUUGCAUUCCUCUUGCUGCAACAAAAUUGCCCCAAAAAACGUACAAGCAAUGGCAACCUCUUGAAGACUACUCUGAAUCAGAUACAAGUCAGGACACAGACAUACUCAUUUCAAGCCACAAAUCCUCCCCUCAUCUAGCAGAAAAAGAAAACCCGGUCGAUCUUCAGCAAGCUGUUGAACAGGGGGGUCAUGUGCACCCAAAACCAGAUGACUUGUUCCUAACUGAAGGAGUUUGUCCACCCAAUCCUCACCCAGAGAAGAAUGCAGCUAAUGUAGAUGAAGAUGAAGCUAGUGUCAGCCACCCUGCUGAAGAGAGCAUCAUUCACCCUCCAAUCAGCCCAGCUACCCAAUCUCCAGCUGAUGACAAGAGUUCACCAAUCCAUGAUCACCAAGCUGAGGACGAGUUUUCGAUUAAUCUAGACCUAGCUGAAGAGCAAACAUUAGCAAACAUUAAAGAAAUAAGCCCAGAGUUACUUACCGAAGGGAAUAAUUCUGUUGACAUUCUCAAAGCAGAGCUAAAAAGCCUAAAUGAGGGUGAAAUGGAUUCGCUGGUGAACAACAAUAGUAUAGAAUCAAAACUGCCAGAGCAGCAAGAUUUUAGAACUGAAGGCAAUUCCUGGCAUAAGAGAGAACAGAAAUUACCAGGAAUACAAAUUCGAACUGACGAACGAGGUGCUCAAAUAGUGCGACCUGUUAGCAAUGUUUAUGCGAUUGAAAAUGAAUACUCAAUACAUAUCUCGGAUACAGCAUCUGACUUAGAAAACACACCUACACACGAUCGCAAAGAGUUGCCCACAGGAGCAAGAACUCCUUUUAGUGAUGCAGAAUUUGAUUACACACCACUGUCUAAUAAGUUUCUUGCAGCUGAUGAUUUCAAAGGAAGCACCCGCAGCCUUCCUCCUACCCUACCAGCUGAGCUGUCCUUGCCACAGACCUUGAGGCAAAGAUCGUCUUCUAACUAUCAGCUGUCUAUUGGUGGAUCACCACAUCUUACAAGAAAACUUUCAAAGUACACGAUUUCUCCCCAAUCUGAGCAAGGACAAAUCUUUGAUGUGAUCAUCAACAGACCAUCUAGGGGCGAUUACACGAUCAGCGGCGACAUGUACAUACGAAUAAAGCAUGUUAAGGAAACACUGUAUGUUACAAUAGUUGAGGCAAGAAAUCUGGCUGCGACUGACAAGAAAGGACACUGCAACCCUUACGUCAAACUAUACCUCCUCCCUGAUCUGAAGACAUCAAAAAGAAAGACUAGAAUCGAGAAAAGAAGCCUGAACCCAUUUUUCAACCAAACAUUUGAGUAUCCAUUACCCAAGGAGUUGCUCGGCACCAGAGCUGUCUGGCUGUCUGUGUGGAGCAAGACCAAACUGAGUCAACUAUUUCUAGGAGAAAUUUGCAUUCCUCUUGCUGCAACAAAAUUGCCCCAAAAAACGUACAAGCAAUGGCAACCUCUUGAAGACUACUCUGAAUCAGAUACAAGUCAGGACACAGACAUACUCAUUUCAAGCCACAAAUCCUCUCCUCAUCCAGCAGAAAAAGAAAACCCGGUCGAUCUUCGGCAAACUGUUGAACAGGGGAGUCAUGUGCACCCAAAACCAGAUGACUUGUUCCUAACUGAAGGAGUUUGUCCACCCAAUCCUCACCCAGAGAAGAAUGCAGCUAAUGUAGAUGAAGGUGAAGCUAGUGUCAGCCACCCUGCUGAAGAGAGCAUCAUUCACCCUCCAACCAGCCCAGCUACCCAAUCUCCAGCUGAUGACAAGAGUUCACCAAUCCAUGAUCACCAAGCUGAGGACGAGUUUUCGAUUAAUCUAGACCUAGCUGAAAAGCAAACAUUAGCAAACAUUAAAAAAAUAAGCCCAGAGUUACUUACCGAAGGGAAUAAUUCUGUUGACAUUCUCAAAGCAGAGCUAAAAAGCCUAAAUGAGGGUGAAAUGGGUUCACUGGUGAACAACAAUAGUAUUGAAUCAAAACUGCCAGAGCAGCAAGAUUUCAGAACUGAAGGCAACUCCUGGCAUAAGAGAGAACAGAAAUUACCAGGAAUACAAACUGACGAACGAGGUGCUCAAAUAGUGCGACCUGUUAACAAUGUUUAUGCGAUUGAAAAGGAAUACUCAAUAUAUCUCUCAGAUACAGAAUCUGACUUAGAAAACACACCUACACACAAUCGCAAAGAAUUGCCCACAGGAGCAAGAACUCCUCUUAGUGAUGCAGAAUUUGAUUACACACCACUGUCUAAUAAGUUUCUUGCAGCUAAUGAUUUCAAAGGAAGCACCCGCAGCCUUCCUCCUACCCUACCAGCUGAUGAGCUGUCCUUGCCACAGACCUUGAGGCAAAGAUCGUCUUCUAACUAUCAGCUGUCUAUUGGUAGAUCACCACAUCUUACGAGAAAACUUUCAAAGUACACGAUUUCUCCCCAAUCCGAGCAAGGACAGAUCUUUGAUGUGACCAUCAGUAGACCAUCUAGGGGCGAUUACACGAUCAGUGGGGACAUCUACAUACGAAUAAAGCAUUCAAACGAAACACUGUAUGUUUCAAUGGUUGAGGGAAGAAAUCUGGCUGCGACUGACAAGAAAGGACACUGCAACCCUUACAUCAAACUAUACCUCCUUCCCGAUCUGAAGACAUCAAAAAGAAAGACUAAAGUUGACAAAAGGACCUGUAAUCCUCUGUACAACCAAACAUUUGAGUAUCCAUUACCCAAGGAGUUGAUCGAUACUAGGACUGUCUGGCUGUCCGUGUGGAGCAAGACCAAACUGAGUCAACUAUUUCUAGGAGAAUCAUGCAUUCAUCUCGCUUCAACCAGCCUACCAAGCACAACGUACAAGCAAUGGCUAUCUCUUGAAGACUACUCUGAAUCGGGAUCAGACAUGCCUAGUAAAACAUGUCUAGAGACAGAAGCAUCAGCAUCAAGUUCAAUACACACAGGUCAAGCUAGUGUCACUAUCCCCCAGCGUGAUCUAUGAGGAAUGCACACCUGAAAACCUUGUCUAAUGCAAUGUUGUAAUGUUUGUAUCACAUAAUAAUUAUAUAUAAUCAUGUAGCACAAAAACAACUGAUUUAGAAACUAGAAAUGUAUUAUGUAUCAAGAAUCAGUCACGAUCAUCAGUCCUUGUUCUUCUUUUCUUUGUUGCCGGUGAAAACAAAU